AUUUACGUUGGAAUUUAAAAGUGAUAUCACAAUUUGGUAAUGUCAGUCCAUGCGCGAGCACUACGCGACUCACUGUGCGUUACCUAAGGCACGUGCCUUUACGCGGGAAAAAAUAAAUAAAAGAAGGUUGUGAAUAACUGCAUUCUUAUUUCUCGUGAAUUAAAAUCUGUGCUUUAAAAAAAAAUUACGCGCCAAUUAAAAAUAAUGUUCAUGUGUGGUUGUUUUUAAACAAUUGCGGUAAUUUUAGUGGUUAUCAAAAUGAAGUGGGACCGUGAGUUGAGUCCAUUUUUGAGGAUCUUAUUUUUUUAUUCCUGUACCAUCGAAAUUACCAGCGCGGCUUUUCUCAGGUGUUAUAAAGGCACGCUGGAAGACUAUCUAGUGACACCGUUAGACAAGCCGCUUCCACCUACUUUCCUGUCAUGUUUGGACUCAAAUCUCCCAAUAAUGAUCUACACGUUCGGUUAUGGGGGGCGAGUGGCUGGCCCAGCUACCACGGCCGUCCUCUCUGCUUACAUAGCUACCAGGAAACGCAACGUACUCCUGAUGGACUGGGAAGAAGAAGCUAAAAGUGGAAUACUAGGAAUAGCAUUGGGAUAUGCUUUCUCCGUUGUUCCAAAGUCUAAGAAGAUCGGGAAAGAAAUGGGAGAGAGGCUGAUAGACAUUGUUGACGCUGGUUAUAACAUGACUCAUGUACACUUGGUCGGGCACUCGCUCGGCGCUCACGUCAUGGGGUUCGCCGGUAGAAGAUCCAGAGAGAGUGGACACGUUGUACCAAGGAUCACAGGUUUAGACCCGGCUCGAGCGCUCUUCGAAGGCACGUUCGCAGUCCUGCGCGGUCUGGACCGCACCUGCGCCAAGUUCGUGGACAUCAUCCACACGGACCCCAGGGGCUAUGGCACCAGCGUUUCGACUGGCACUGUUGACAUUUGGCCCAACUACUCGCCUGGGGGCACGCAGCCUGGCUGCUCCACUGGAUCUCAUUCCAUGUUCACUCCUGAAGAUACAGAUUUCGAGCACAGAACACACAACAUUACUGACAUCUUAAAGGUGACAAACGUAAAGUAUUUAAAGGAAAUACUGCGGCAUGUUUUGAGGAAGCCCAAUCUAUGCAGCCACGAUCGUUCGUGGCGGUACUACGUAGAAGCCAUCGCGGCUCCCACCACGAUCCUCGCAGCUGGAGCUCCUGAUUACAAAACCUGGGCAACAAACUAUGGCAAAACAAAUCUGACGAUAUAUUUGGGGGAAUUGACCAGCACAAAUGCUGAAGGCAACUUCUACUUCUCAACAAAUUCCGAGUCUCCGUUCAGCCGAGGACGCGAAGGUCUGAAGCCAAGCAGGACGAAACCCAAAGUCACAGGAACAGGAAUUUUUAUUUAAAUAAAUUAAAUUAAAAUAAUUUUUAUUUAAAAUUUCUAUUUAAAUAAAUAGUCUCUAGCAAAACUAUUUACUUAAAUAAAUGAUUUCCGUCUCACGGAUAAAGAAAUUUAGAUAUUAAUAUCAAAUGGCACUUAUGACAUGUCAAUAGCAAGGGGGUCAAAUAUGUUAAAUUUACUGAAGGUAUUUAUCAUAUUUUAGUCUCUUAAGUAUGAGGGUUUCUCCACUUGGGUCUAUUGCCCUCUCUCGUAGUCUCGGAUACUGGCCUUAAUAAACAUAGUAGUGUGUAAAGUACAUCUAUACUAUUAUAUAAAGCUGAAGAGUUUGUUUGUUUGUUUGUUUGUUUGUUUGUUUGUUUGAACGCGCUAAUCUCAGGAACUACCGGUCCAAACUGAAAAAUUCUUUUUGCGUUGGAUAGCCCUAU